AUGCAGCAUCUCAAGCUUGCAGCCCUGAUCGCGAGGGCGAGUCUUGAGCCCUCAGGCAUCAUCAAACGGGGCCAAGAAGACGCGAAUGGAACUGGCCAAGUUCUAUUCAUGAUACUUGGUGCUUUGACGAUCGCAUCCAUAGUGCCAGCCAUUCUUUACACUACAUACACUCUAUCUGCUCUCUUUCCCGUCUUAACCGUUGUGGAAAGCCACUCGGACUACGUCCCCCUCAAGCAAGCCGAAAAUGACGAAAGCGGCAAGGAGAAGAGCUCGUCCAUCGAGGAACCCAGUGCAUCACAUCAGCAACAGUUGACUUCCGGCAUUCGGGCACUGCACCGCGUGCUCUAUUCUCUCUCUGGAUUCAGAUCGCUUUUCCGUGCAAUCAACAUUAUGAUGUACUACAACUCAGUCACCGCCUUGAUAGUCAUAGUCCUCAGCUUAAUCCCCUAUAUGCCUGUGCCGGUCGCUUCGCUCGUUGCCGAUCUGAUCGCCGUGCCCAUUCACGUCUCGUGGGUUCACUGGGCGAUCACCACGCCAGGCAGGCACCGAGCCUGGUACCGUACACCGGAGUUCAAGUCGACUUUGAAAGCGACUGCCAUUCCAACUAUGAUUCUUGCCUUCGCAAACCAGGUUGCGGUCGAACUACCCGGUGUCGUUCUCCAGCUUCUCAGGAUCGAGGUCGAUGAACCCCUCGGCAUGGGUUAUAAGGUGCCCAAGGUGACAGGGGUAGACUCCGGAUACCAUUUGGCACUCUUCUAUACAAUUUUCCUAGGAGUUGUUGCCACAUGCUAUAUCCCCGCCCAAGCUGCCUUGAUCCGCAUCGAAGCCUCACUUCUCCCCGCCGAGGAAGAGACAAUUGUGUCAGUUGACCGGACUUUUGGCAUGAACAAUGUCGAGAGGGAUGGCGCGCUCUCAUUCCUGAAUGCUAUCAAAUCUAUGAAGGGAUCUUGGGGUCGCUUGUACAAGCUUUACAUCAAAAUCUUCUUCAUGACCUUUGCUAUCGAGAGUAUCCUUGUUGCGCUGGUCAUUCUUUGUGUAGUGGCCACCAGUCACUGA